AUGUAUUUAAAAAUUAAAUAUUUAGAAUUUCACUUUGAAUUCAAACAGAUUAAGUCCACCCCUGACCCUUCACUCCCAGUCAAGUCCACCCCUAGACCCUUCACUCCCAGUCAAGUCCACCCCUGGACCCUUCACUCCCAGUCAAGUCCACCCCUAGACCCUUCACUCCGAGUCAAGUCCACCCCUUACACCCUUCACUCCCAGUCAAGUCUACCCCUUGACCCUUCACUCCCAGUCAAGUCCAACCCUGGACCCUUCAAUCCCAGUCAAGUCCACCCCUGGACCCUUCACUCCCAGUCAAGUCCAACCCUGGACCCUUCACUCCCAGUCAAGUCCAACCCUGGACCCUUCACUCCCAGUCAAGUCCAACCCUGGACCCUUCACUCCCAGUCAAGUCCAACCCUGGACCCUUCACUCCCGAUCAAGUCCAACCCUGGACCCUUCACUCCCAGUCAAGUCCACCCCUGGACCCUUCACUCCCAGUCAAGUCCACCCCUGGACCCUUCACUCCCAGUCAAGUCCAACCCUGGACCCUUCACUCCCAGUCAAGUCCAACCCUGGACCCUUCACUCCCAGUCAAGUCCACCCCUGGACCCUUCACUCCCAGUCAAGUCCAACCCUGGACCCUUCACUCCCAGUCAAGUCCACCCCUGGACCCUUCACUCCCAGUCAAGUCCAACCCUGGACCCUUCACUCCCAGUCAAGUCCAACCCUGGACCCUUCACUCCCAGUCAAGUCUACCCCUGGACCCUUCACUCCCAGUCAAGUCCAACCCUGGACCCUUCACUCCCGAUCAUGUCCACCCCUGGACCCUUCACUCCCAGUCAAGUCUACCCCUGGACCCUUCACUCCCAGUCAAGUCCAACCCUGGACCCUUCACUCCCGAUCAUGUCCACCCCUGGACCCUUCACUCCCAGUCAAGUCUACCCCUGGACCCUUCACUCCCAGUCAAGUCCAACCCUGGACCCUUCACUCCCGAUCAUGUCCACCCCUGGACCCUUCACUCCCGAUAAAGUCCAACCCUGGACCCUUCACUCUAAGUCAUGUCCACCUCAGGACCGUUUACUCCCAGUCAAGUCCACCUCGGAAGCCUUUGCUUCGAGUCAUAUCCAGUCCAGAGCAUCUGCUCCAAGUCCUGUUAUCGGUAGUGCCUCUGUUCCAUGUCAAGUCCUUAGCAGUGUAGGAACAGGAACAUCUGAAGUGAUGGAAAUACUUUCACCGAAUUUGAAUUAA